AUUCAGUGGGAUCUCUCACCCUUAAAGCUGCAAGAGGAGGUAGUUGUUGUUGUUGUUGUUGCUGUUCUUCUUCAAACUGAAAAGGUUUGUUUAACCUUCUCAACAGAUUUUCUUGUAGUUGUCACAAUUUAGCUCCAAGACAAAUUCAAUUCUUAUAGCCUCAGUAGUGAAAUAUUUGGGUUUCUAUACUUCCAUUUAUUUUCAAGAGUUUGUUGCUAAAUAAUAGUUGCAGAAAAUCUAAAGAGGUACGCAUCAGCCUGCUUUUUCUGUUGAUUGAGCUGUGAUAGUUAUCAAGAGGUAACACAAUCAAAUUUAAGUUACAAAGAAAAUAAUAAUACCGCUGCUUUCAUUUAUGGUCUUCUACCUUAUCUUUUCUACCUUAUUUCAACAGAGAAUUAUGAGGAUCCUAUUUGCUUUGUCCAUGCUGCUUUCUACUGCUGUGCUCUGCACAAAUGCCGUGUCUGAACGUUACAGAAAGUUCAUAAACCAUCAUGUCAAAGGAGAUAUGAGUGAAAACAGAUGCAGCUCUGAAAUUAUGAGCAGAGGCAUCUCCAAGACCAACAGCAACGAGUGUAAGGAGACCAACACCUUCAUUCGAGCGAACACCAACACCAUCAAAUCCAUCUGCGAGCGCGCAGGGGAGCCGUAUGGUGACAUGACCAAAAGCCUCCAACCCUUCUCAAUUGUCGUCUGCACGCUGCGAAACCAGGGAGCCAGGCACCCUCGGUGUGAGUACCGCGGUCAGGCUCGCACCAGGAGGAUCGCAAUCAAAUGUGAAGCGGGUUUGCCCGUGCACUUUGAAAGAGACAUUGUACAUUUUGAAAACUGAGUCCAAGUCAAAGUUGUGUAUGCCAGUUUCUUAAUAAUAAAAUACACCUGACAGCUUACAGUGUCUGUCCAAAUCCACAUUAGGUCAGUGUUACCUUUUUUGAAUUGAUAAAAUUAAGUGAAAUAUUGUACAUUAGUCUCAACAGUUCUCUCCCCAGUAAAGUGCAAAGAACAUCAUUAUUUGUUGUCUGAUCCUGUUGCAACCAAAGUAAUGUUUGCAGUUCAAAGAGUUCUGAAAUCUGAACUUUGACCAACAAACCUUUAUAUCAAGCUCCUGACUUUAUUUAUAAAAGGUUCUAGCUCUUAUAACUGAUGGGACCACCCCUGAAACACCAGAGCUCAAAGGCUAAAUGGCCAAAAAUAAACAGAGCAGAAAGACCAACGUAUAUGUAAACAUCAUGUGAUUUCAAACUUUUCCUGUAAACUUGAAGUGCUUAUGUCAAUGAUACUUCUACAUUUUAACUGCAGAUAUUUAAAGGAGAUCUUCUAAAUGACUACAUUGGUGCCUUUACUUGUAAAUGAUCAUUUAAGAAUCAAAAUCAAAGCCACAGAAAUCACCUCUCCUUUCACUGGCCCGAUUGAAAAUGGAAAUUUGAGAGAUAGUUUUAUGGGGGAGUUUUAAACCUGGUGCAGUUGGCACGACUGCUUUGAUUGACACUUUUGGUUACCAUGGUAAAGUGUACACAGAUGAGCAUGAGUGGUGCCUAAAUGUUUUUUUUAAACAGGAAAAGCAGCUCAGCCCACUAUUGUUUUUUAGUGCACGCUUGUCCUACUUCAUACGUACAGCCGUUUCCUUAGAGGAUGUGGUUAAAGAGACCAUCUCAUUUUUCUGUUUGCACUUUUUCCUUUCACUUCACUUUGAUACAAGAGGCUUCAUUUGUCACUUUCAAGUUACCGAUUGUAUCUCAACUAAAAUCAACAUUUUUUUUUUUUGUCCACUUCUAUCCUGGUUUCUGUUUGUAAUAAUAGUACAUCUCAUCCUCAAGCCUGGAUAUCCAUUUAAAUCAUUACAUAAAGUGUUUUCAAUCAGUGUU